AUUUUCCAAUAAUGGGACGAUGAGUACCCUCCCGUGUUUGUCGCCAGUGAAUUUAUCAUUUCAGCCGUUAGCAUAGGGCCCACAAUAUGGAAACGGUGUCCAGCGGGCCUACAAGGCUUUUCACAAUCUCGAUCGUGGAAAAUAAAGACGAUUUAGAAGAGAAAUUGUUGAGAAGUCACCAGUUUUUAUUGAGCGUGCGAGGGGACCUCAGCGAUAAGGACGCCCACGAGGCUUUGAACAAGGCCCUACUCAAAGAUAAAGGUUAUGAAGAAGUCUCUUUUGGAUUAUUAGUGUCGAUUUUAACUGAGCCCCAUAGUGCCGCCAGAAGUUAUAGGGACCUUACGCUUAUUACAAGAGACGGUUUCGGACACGUCGUUACCAAUUUAUCGCAACUAGUUCUAGACAAAUAUUUACGUUUUACGGAUGUUGUAAAGCAGCAGCUGGUAUGGCUUUUACGAGAAAUGAUCAAAAACAAUGUAAGCAAUGUGGAUAAUUUGUGCUGGAACUUGAUGAGGCACGCCGCAGGGGGCGACGUCAGCCACAAAAACCUCACUCUAGUCGAGUCUCUAUUGGAUGUCUUUAUCGAAUUCAAAAGUUGGUUGGAAAAAUUUCCAAUUUUAAUAGCUUCUGUUGUGUACACUUAUUUGAGGUUAAUAGAAGACCAUCAUGCGCCUUAUUUAGCCGUUUUAAGACAAAAAGAAGUGAACUUUUUAAUUAGUUUAAUGCGAGAACAUUUUCAAGAGUGUUUGGUGAUUGGUCGGGAUUUGGUGCGACUGCUACAAAGUGUUGCCAGGAUUCCAGAGUUUUACCUACUCUGGAAGGAUAUAAUUACCGCCCCAAAGAGCUUAAGCCCUAAUUUCUCAGGUGUUCUUCAACUGCUGCAAAACCGCACGUCCAGAAGGUUCCUAUUAUCGCGCCUCACACCGGAAAUGGAACGGAAAUUGGUGUUCCUGACGUCACAAGUUCGUUUUGGCCACCAUAAGCGGUACCAGGAUUGGUUCCAGAGGCAGUACCUUGCCACGCCGGAGUCUCAGUCUCUUAGAUGUGAUAUUAUUAGGUUCAUAGUAGGAGUAAUUCACCCAACAAACGAACUUUUGUGCUCUGACAUAAUUCCACGGUGGGCGGUGAUUGGCUGGCUACUUACCACUUGCACUAGCAGUGUAGCUGUGUCGAACGCCAAACUAGCCCUGUUUUACGAUUGGCUAUUUUACGACAUAGAAAAGGAUAACAUAAUGAAUAUUGAACCGGCCAUAUUGGUGAUGCAUCAUUCAAUGAGGUCCCAUCCAGCAGUAACGGCAACGCUACUAGACUUUCUUUGCAGGUUGAUCCCAAAUUUUCAUGUACCUCUGACGGAGAAAGUUCGAGGAGGUAUUUUUAGUUCGCUAAGACAAAUUUUGGACAAAAGAGUGCUUCCCAGUUUGGUACCUUUGUUUGACAAUUCAAAGUUGGACCGAGAACUGAGGAAUAUGGUCAAGGAAACUUUUAAGGAAUUCUGUAUUGAACCUGCAAACUUACAAUCCUCAACAUCUAGAGAAGAUUUCAAUAAUUCAGCAAACAAAUUUGAGGAAGAUUCAUUAUUCAUUAUUUCUUUGAAUAAUCAUCUUAUGGAUGGCGAGCCGGCUUUUAGCGAAGAUGAAGAGGAAAUGGAAACAAAAAUUGCUAAUCUAGAAGACGAUACCGAUGAUGACGAUAUACCCUUGUCAAAGGUACGAUUAAAAGAAAAGGGUGACAAAAGCGACGAUAAUAUAAUAGAUGGUCCCCUGGGCGAUCUUGUAGCUAAACUCCAAGAAGAACUAGACAUUAGCAAACGAUGUGAUAUUACCGAAGAAAUUAUUUCGGAACUAGUUGAUUUGGACAUUAUUAAAAAUCAAAAUGACGAGGAUACUCUUUGUGCGGUGUCUCGAUCGUUUCUCGGCUGUAUCAGUGAGGACUUGAAAAGUGAAAAAGUGUUUCCCGACGUUAUGAGUCAGGAAAAUUUGACAGACAGUGUGCGUACUCCUUUAUUUGUUGUACUUCAAACUGUGUACGGGUAUACGAAUUCUAAAGAACAUCAAGUGAAUAAAAGUAUAUUGAUAAGGUUUUUAGCGGAAAUGCAUCCAAAUUUACCAAACUUAGGUUAUUUUAUCCUUUACUUCCUUAAAGUGCAAAUACGGACAGAAAAUAAAAGAGACGAUAAUACUAAGGCGAGUGCGCUCAAAAUCGCCUUGUACAAAGACUUUUGCAAUAGCAUAGGGAAAAAAUUGGACCAGUGUUUGUAUGACGAUUUGUACGCGUGUCACGUAACUGAUACCAAACUGAUGAUGUGGCUAGUACCAGAUUUGUACAGGGAUUUUAAGCAGCAGAUGGUGAAUAACGCGCAAGCAUUAAGGGUGAUUAUUUCGGCUAUAGAUUCGAGGCAGUUGCAGACUCUAGUUGGAAAGGUUCUACAAGGACAUCUAAUAAUGUUCAAAACGGACAACUUUCACAACCUCCUGAAGGCGACCCUCGGCUGGGAAUCCAUCGAACAGUUUUUCCUGUGGCAACUGAUCAACGCGCACGAUUUUACCAUCGACACCGUGAUGCCGCUGAUCACCGAUCUGGACUACGACCAGCACCCCGAAGCCCUUACGGCCAUCAUGCUGAUGUUAAAACAGGAAAAACCGAACGCGGACUACAUAAAAUGUCUAUUUUCAAGAGAUAUCUGUGAUAAUGGUGACUUGUUUAUCUUUACCGUGAUAAAGUACUGGUGCGACGAGUACAUCGAUAAGGUGGCAGAAUUAAUCUCUUCUCUGUUGAGUACGAGGUAUCCUUCGUCAACGCCCUAUAAAAGGAAACGGACUAAUGCAGGUAAUAAAGUAUUAAGUACUACAGUACCAAGCGCGGACCAAGUCUUAGGCCAUUUAGAAAAAUUACGAAUAAUCUGUGAAAAGCACGACUGCAUGGCGAUAUAUACAUUAGAUUCCAUGCAGAGGGCUCUUAGUGUCGCUCAAAAUAAUAGUAAUGAUAGCCAAAAAAAGCAAUUUGGGGAACUGUUCGCACUCAUGGAAGAAGAGCAGGAAAUUAGCGCAACGAAAAGCAGACUUCAUGGUAGGGGAAGAAAACCUGCGCCUGGAAAACCUUCGCCAGCUGCUGUUGCUAGUGUCAAAAGACAAAUUGCCAGAGAUCUGACUGAUAGUUCAGAGGAAAGUAGUGAGGAAGAAGAAAUAGUCAAACCAAAACAGGCAAAGAAAAGGAAAAAAUUGUUAUCGGAAAGCGAUUGACGGAUUCAAGCUGUGGGGUACGGGCUUAGUUAUGGAGCCCAGGAGAUCGAUGUUCAUAUCAAUGAAAAUAAUACGCUUAUUACAAGACUAGUAAGGAAAACGAGGUUUUCCUUGGUCCGGGAGGAGUGAUGAUCACUUUUACAAUUCCGUACACUGCCGUUACCAGCUGUUUCGCGAAGAAAAUGAUUUGAGCCUAGUAUUCACAAGCGAGAAAUUACCCAGAUAACUUUGAAAUGUUGUUAACUUAAAUAUUUAAAUGAAAUGUCGCGCUUGUGAGUAUGCAGUUUUGAAUUUCUAGUGAGUAGGUUUUUGGUUUCUCAGCAAACGCUUUGACAAAACCAAUUAAAAUAUUGUUGCCAAAAUAAAAAUUCAUAUGAUACAGCAAAAGAAUAUGCUUCCAAAACUGUCAAAUUGUUGCUGAAAAAUUAGGACCCUCUCUAUUUGUUGUAGAAACUCAAUUACAAAGUGGGGUGAGAGAUUUAUGUUAUCAUUAUGCUAGGAUAAAUGGUGAAAUUUUCAAAACCUUGCAGAAAACUUUUUAUUUUGUGAAACAUUAUAUUGAUACAGAAUGUACUUUUUUAUUUUAUUGUUUAUUUUUUAUGUUUAGUGGUAGAAAUCAGGGGUGGAGCAUAAGGAUAAACUUUUUUGUUGCAUUUUAUUGCUUGAUAGCCUGUAUCCUUUACUGAAUAAUAGGGAAAGAUUUUUUGGGUCUAUGUAUAAAGGUAUAUAUUACAUUCAUUUAAAUAUUCAAUACUAAAUGAAAUAGUGAGAUUUGAGAAAUUUUAUGCAAAAUAGUCUCGGAAAAAGUAGAUACAUUUAUUAUUCUUUGACUCAUAUGGAAAACUUUAUCCUCGGGAGCAACAAAUAUCAUUACAUAUGUACUUAUUAAAUAAUAAAUUAUUCAUAGAGCUUUGAGUAAAAUCAGGCAAUCAAGGCUGGGACUCUGUAGCGAAUAGAGAUAUUUUUUCUAUCUCCAUUGAUUUCAGAGAAAAGAGAGGAUAGCAAGUACCUACUAUAGCGAUUGGGAUAACAAUCUCUAUCCAUUACGGAGUCCUAGCCCAGUUAAUGUAACUAAUUUUUCCAAUAUUUUUUUUCAAUUUUUGGGUAUGAGUCAAAUAUUCUAUAAACUCCGAAAAUAUUUCCUAUGAAUUCAGACAUCUUGCUAUAUCAUUCAAUAUUUCAUUCUCUAGAAAGUCAGUGUCAUAAUUUAUUUUACCCAACUAGAAUGGAAUUCUGAUUUCUUUUUCCAUAUAAAAUGUUUAUUAAUUUUAUUUCAUUAUACAUCUACAUAUUUUGAAGAAAUUUUAUUAGGUUUAUGGUUUCCAGGUAGUUAUUUGACUAUGAAAAUUAUUAGCCAACCAAUGCAAAUUCUUAGUAUUUUUCCUUUACCAAAUAGGAUAAAGAUUUGAUAAUAAAUAUGUAGGACUCCCAAGUAGCCUCUGGCAAUAAAUAAUGAUAAACCCCUUGUUUGCCUCUAUUUUUCUUCUGUAAGGCUUUGUAAAUAUCUCAUUUAUCCUCGCAUAUACCAUUUUCAAUCCAAAAAAAUAAUAAUUCAUACCGAAUUUUUUGUAAAUCUGUGUAAAAUUGACAAAACAUAUUUUUAGGAAGAAAAAAAAUCUGUAAAUAUUUGUUAUUGUUAGGUUUUCGUCCCUGUUAAUUUCUUUGUACAUCCCUAGAAAGUUUUUAAAUAAUUGAAUUUUGUUAUCGAAAAGAUGGUAUUGUAUAUAGAGAAGUCUGUAAAUAUAAUUUAUAAAAAGCCUUAAUACUUUUUAGGUUCACACUGUCAAAUAAAU